UUAAUAAUCAUUUUUAACUUUACACCAGUCAAAGAACAUGAUAACGUGAGGACCAUAUAUAUGCAAAGAAACCCUUGGAAAGGGUGGAUAUGCUACAGUAAAGAAAGCCCAGCACUGAGAGACAGGAAUGGAAUGUGCUUUAAAGAUUAUGAAGAGAUCAGGCGCCAGUGAGGCCUUCGAGAAGCAAGUUAAUAACGAAGUUGCUAUCAUGAAGGAGCUUAACCAUGAAAAUAUUAUUAAAUUGCUUGAUUUCUCAGAUGAUGCCCAAUACACAUUACCAGAUGGCAGAUCAAUGGACGUAUACUAUAUUGCUCUCGAAUUGGCAGAGCAUGGGGAGAUAUUUGACAUUGUGGCUGAAACAGGCAGAUUCUCUGAACCAACUGCAUUGUUCUACUUCCAUCAAUUGGUCGAAUCCUUGGAAAAUGUCCAUAAAACCGGAAUUUCUCACCGGGAUAUAAAGCUUGAGAAUAUUUUGCUAGACAGUAACUUAGACAUCAAGCUAACCGACUUCGGAUUUGCUGAGUUCAUGGAAGUCAGCGGAUCUAGGAAGGGAACUUCUGGAUAUAUAGCACCAGAAAUGCACUAUACGAAAAAGUUCAUGACGCAACCCCUCGACAUCUUUGCAUUGGGAAUUGUGCUAUUUAUUCUGAUCAAAGGAUCUCCUCCUUUCAUGCAUGCUAAAGGUACUGACCCCCACUACAGGUUGUUUGUGACAAACCCCGAAGCCUUCUGGAAAGCACACUUUAAGAGGAUCAAGGACUACUUCCCUUCCAAUGAGCUCAUAGAACUCCUCACUACAAUGCUCUCCCCAGAACCAGAAAGUAGGAUAACCCUAGCAGAAAUCAAGGAAUCUGCAUGGUACACCAACAGUAACCAUGCUCUACCAACCAAGGAAGAUGUCAUAGAGGACAUGGCUCAAAGACUAUCCCAAAUAGAGUCAAAUCGUUCAUCUGAACACUAGAAUUCCUCUACUCCUGUCGAACCAAACCGAUAAUCUAUCUAUCGGAAGACAUUCAAAUUAACCAAUAACUUAACUAUUUACAAACAUUUUUUAUAACAAGUAAGACUCAAUCUG